AUGUUCCUCCAGCGCUCUGCCGUCGCAGCGGCACGCCGAGUGGCCCCCGCCGCCCUCGCCCGCCGCACCUUCACCACCACGUUUGUGCGCCGCGACGCGAACGAGAAAAAGGACACCCCCGCCCCCUCCAACAUCCCCAGCCUUCUCGAGGGCUACAAGACGAUUGACCAGAUCAAGACGGCCGAUGAUCUGCUCCCGCCUGGUGCGAAGCCCGGUACCGUUCCCACCGAUGCCGAGCAAGCUACCGGUCUGGAGCGUCUUGAAAUCCUCGGAAAGAUGCAGGGUGUUGAUAUCUUCGAUAUGAGGCCAUUGGACGCCAGCCGUCUCGGCACGAUGGAGGACCCCAUCACUGUCAACUCGGCCGGUGAUGAGCAGUACGUUGGUUGCACUGGCUUCCCGGUCGACUCGCACGGUGUGCUCUGGAUCACCCUCACCCGCGAGGAGCCCAAGUCCCGCUGCAUGGAGUGCGGAUCCGUGUACAAGAUGCACUACGUUGGCCCGGCCAGCGACCCGCACGGCCAUGACGACCACCACCACGUCGAGAACAAACACCCCAAGCCCAAGAACAUGGCCGAUUUCCUCAAGCCCGAGUACUUGGAGUUAUAAGCCUUGGUCGCAACGUGUGGUAGAUUCAACGGUGUAUCUAUAGUCUAGAAAGUGGGUGUUUUUUAUAUCUAGACGCCGUGCUGUGCUUUUCCUAUCAUCCAAUCAUGAUCUCAUUUCGUGACUCCAUACACAUACAC